AUGCCGGAGAGGAUGGGCUACAGCGAUUUGGCACGCCUGGUGACGGUGUCGAGCGCGGCAGAGCAGAGCAGAACAGAGUUGGAACAGACCAAUAAGAAAAUUGACAGAACUGAACAGGCUAAGCAGAUAUCGAUGGGAGGAUACACCGUCGUCGUCGUCGACAGCGGUGGUAGCGGUCAACGAAGGUUGAACUGUGGCACCCGCACCACCUCCGAUGUGGGUGGCACUCCCACGUGGUUCCCCGGCCUCUCCCGGUACUCUCUCCGUCGCGUGCCACCACUCCGACUCGUAAAAGAGCUGCAUUCUAUUCCUCCGCCCGCGCCAAAUCCCAACGCGAUAAAAACUAUGUCCUGGCUUCGACUGCCAGCGAGACGUGUGCUCCUGGCCUCGUCAGGUGUAUCGGUGGGAGCGGUGGGUUUUGGAUUGCAUGAAGACAAGCCCUCGAUAUACCCCACCCCCGACCGGGACGUCCUCGUCAUCGAGACACCCACAGAACUCGAACGGCAGAUCGGGAUAGCGAGGCGUGCUGCAACGGGCACUGUUAAUGAGGCGCAUGCGAGGGUGCAGGGGUUGGUGGAUCGGUGGAUUGGGGUUGAGCAUGCUGUUGAGCGCCGCGUCAAAUCCAUCCACGACCCCAGCGAACCCCUCACCCCCUCCUCCCUCUACAUCGCAAUCUCAACCCUAACCGGCUCCAUCCUCACCCGCUCGCGCUCUCUCCCCCUCCGCUUCCUCGCCCCUCCAACCUUCUUCUUCGUCUCCCUCUCGUACUUCCUCCCCCGUACGUCGGCGAAUUUGAACGCCUACCUCGGGAGCUUGGAGGAUAGGUAUCUGCCUAAGGUGGCGCAUGUGCAUGAUACGGGGAAGGCGCAUUCGGCGAUGGGGUGGGAGAUGUUAAAAGAAAGAGUGGGAGAGAGCAACGAGAAAGUGAAGAAGGGCUUGGAGGGCGUGCUUGGGCAAGUGCAGGAUAAGACGGGGUUGAAGGUGAGGGACAUUUGGGAUGCGAGUGGACAGGCGGGGAAGGAGGUUUAUGUGGCGAGUAGGGGCAGGAUCGGGGAUAUGGUGGAGAAAGCGAAGGAGGUGGGUGGGGAGGUUAGGAAGGAGGUGCAUAGUGCGGGGGAGAGGGUGGGUGAGAUUGUGAGUGAGGCGAAGGAGGAGGGCGUGAAGGCGUAUAAGGAGGCGGUUGAGGAGACGAAGGCGGUGGGUGGUGAAUUGGCGGAGAGGGAGAGUGUGGCGAAGGAGGAGGUCAAGGCGGAGGUGGCGAAGAAGGAGCCGCCGAGGCAUCUUGUCUAGACUCUCUUUCGUGGUUGAAAAGUUGCUGUCGGUAGUCUUAGAUAUGGUAGUCACUCUUAUACA